AUGUCGUCCUGGACGAGGUGGCAUGGACCCGCUAUGGCGCGGUUCUGGGGCUUCUGCUGGCUGGUUGUGGGCUUCUGGAGGGCCGCUCUCGCCUGUCCCACGUCCUGCAAAUGCACUGCCUCUCGGAUUUGGUGCAACGACCCUUCUCCCGGCAUCGUGGCAUUUCCAAGGUUGGAGCCUAACAGUGCAGACCCUGAGAAUAUCACCGAAAUUUUUAUUGCAAAUCAGAAAAGGUUAGAAAUCAUCAAUGAAGAUGAUGUUGAAGCUUACGUGGGACUAAAAAAUCUGACAAUUGUGGAUUCUGGAUUAAAAUUUGUGGCUUAUAAAGCAUUUCUGAAGAACAGCAACCUGCAGCACAUCAAUUUUACCCGAAAUAAACUGACGAGUUUGUCUAGGAAACAUUUCCGUCACCUUGACUUGUCUGAGCUGAUCCUGGUGGGCAAUCCAUUUACGUGCUCCUGUGACAUUAUGUGGAUCAAGACUCUUCAAGAGACUAAAUCCAGUCCAGAAACUCAGGACUUGUACUGCCUAAAUGAAAGCAGCAAGAAUAUUCCCCUGGCAAACCUGCAGAUACCCAAUUGUGGGCUGCCAUCCGCAAAUUUGGCUGCACCAAACCUCACUGUGGAGGAAGGAAAGUCUAUCACAUUGUCUUGUAUUGUGGCAGGCGAUCCACUUCCUAAUAUGUACUGGGAUGUGGGAAAUCUGGUUUCCAAACAUAUGAAUGAAACAAGCCACACACAGGGCUCCUUAAGGAUAACUAAUAUUUCAUCUGAUGACAGUGGAAAGCAAAUCUCUUGUGUGGCAGAAAAUCUUGUAGGAGAAGAUCAAGAUUCUGUCAACCUCACUGUGCAUUUUGCACCAACUAUCACAUUUCUCGAAUCUCCAACCUCAGACCACCACUGGUGCAUUCCAUUCACUGUGAAAGGCAACCCCAAACCAGCGCUUCAGUGGUUCUAUAAUGGGGCAAUAUUGAAUGAGUCCAAAUACAUCUGUACUAAAAUACAUGUGACCAAUCAUACGGAGUACCAUGGCUGCCUCCAGCUGGAUAAUCCUACUCACAUGAACAAUGGGGACUACACUUUAAUAGCCAAGAAUGAGUAUGGGAAAGAUGAGAGACAGAUUUCUGCCCACUUCAUGGGCUGGCCUGGAAUUGAUGAUGGUGCAAACCCAAAUUAUCCGGAUGUACUUUAUGAAGAUUGGACUGCGACAAAUGACCUCGGGGAUGCCAUGAACAAAAGCUAUGAAAUCCCCACCACAAUUGUCCCUGGCAAAACUAGUCAGGAACGUCUCUCGGUCUAUGCUGUGGUGGUAAUUGCAUCCGUGGUGGGAUUUUGUCUGCUGGUGAUGCUGUUUCUGCUUAAAUUGGCAAGACACUCCAAGUUUGGCAUGAAAGAUUUCUCAUGGUUUGGAUUUGGGAAAGUAAAAUCAAGACAAGGUGUUGGCCCAGCUUCAGUUAUCAGCAAUGAUGAUGACUCUGCCAGCCCCCUCCAUCACAUCUCCAAUGGGAGUAACACUCCAUCCUCUUCAGAAGGUGGCCCUGAUGCCGUCAUUAUUGGAAUGACCAAGAUCCCUGUCAUUGAAAAUCCCCAGUACUUUGGCAUCACCAACAGCCAGCUCAAGCCAGACACAUUUGUUCAGCACAUCAAGCGACAUAACAUCGUUCUGAAAAGGGAGCUAGGUGAAGGAGCCUUUGGAAAAGUUUUCCUAGCUGAAUGCUAUAACCUCUGUCCUGAGCAGGAUAAGAUCUUGGUGGCAGUGAAGACUCUAAAGGAUGCCAGCGACAAUGCACGCAAGGACUUCCAUCGCGAGGCUGAGCUGCUGACCAACCUCCAGCACGAGCACAUUGUUAAGUUCUAUGGCGUCUGUGUGGAGGGUGACCCACUCAUCAUGGUCUUUGAGUACAUGAAGCAUGGGGACCUCAACAAGUUCCUUAGGGCACAUGGACCUGAUGCAGUGCUGAUGGCGGAAGGCAACCCGCCUACGGAGCUGACGCAGUCACAGAUGCUGCACAUUGCCCAGCAGAUCGCGGCAGGCAUGGUCUACCUGGCAUCCCAGCACUUCGUGCACCGAGACCUGGCCACCCGGAACUGCCUCGUUGGGGAGAACCUGCUGGUGAAAAUCGGGGAUUUUGGGAUGUCCCGGGAUGUGUACAGCACUGACUACUACAGGGUCGGUGGCCACACGAUGCUGCCCAUUCGCUGGAUGCCUCCAGAGAGCAUCAUGUACAGGAAAUUCACCACAGAAAGUGAUGUCUGGAGCCUGGGCGUCGUGUUGUGGGAGAUCUUCACCUACGGCAAACAACCCUGGUACCAGCUGUCAAACAACGAGGUGAUAGAAUGCAUCACUCAGGGCCGAGUCCUGCAGCGACCUCGCACGUGCCCCCAGGAGGUGUAUGAGCUGAUGCUGGGUUGCUGGCAGCGAGAGCCCCACAUGAGGAAGAACAUCAAGGGCAUCCACACCCUCCUUCAGAACUUGGCCAAGGCAUCUCCUGUCUACCUGGAUAUUCUAGGCUAA